GCAUGUGAUAUUAACCACGCGCACUAAUCUCCUGAGCUCAAGGAACCGCCUGCCCAGCUCAGCCCAGCUCCUGGGAAGCCAGAGUGGGAACAAAGACCGAAUUCUGCAUCUGAGCCAGUCAACAGAUGGCAGGAAUUAGGAGUGAGACGAUGACAGUUUCUUUGGAUUGGAAAUCCCUGCGGCAGCAGGCGCUCAGGCUCCUGGGGGAAGGAAGAGUGGGAUUGUAAAGCCCCACCCUGCGGAGGUGCUGCCAGCUCGGCUUUGGAAUGAGGGGACGGAUGAACUGCCACCUGGCCAUUCUGCAGAGCUAGUUUAGGACCUGGGAAACUGAGCUCAGCAAUUGAACGCAUGGCAGACUCGGGAAAUGCUCAAGAUUCGUGUGAGGUGACCAGCAGUGGCCGCGAUGAGAGCAAUAGCCACGGGGUGGCGCCUCCCCUGCUGAUAAAAAUGAUCAACAAGUCCCGAUGGAAGAUGAUCUUAGGGCUGGCGUUCUUUCUGGUGAUGGCAUGGUACUAUAUAUCCCGCGAAGAAAGGUACAUACAUCUUUUUUCUUUCCCCGUGCAAGAUGUCCGAAUGACGUGUCCCCGAGGAGAGAUGGAAAAGAAAGCCACGCUGCUCAUAGGAAAUUACACACGGGAUCAUCCAAUGUUUUUACACCUAAAUGAUUACUUUUGGGUGAAGAACCGAUCGCCGUAUGAGCUGCCAUAUGGGACUAAAGGAAGCGAAGACAUUCUCCUCCGAGUGUUAGCGAUCACCAGCUACUCGGUGCCCGAAAGCAUCCAAAGCAUGAAGUGCCGAAGAUGUGCAGUGGUGGGGAACGGACACCGGCUCCGAAACAGCUCCAUGGGGGAAGCAAUCAACAAAUACGACGUGGUGAUCAGGUUGAACAACGCGCCAGUUCAUGGGUACGAGGCAGAUGUGGGCUCCAAAACCACCAUGCGCCUGUUUUACCCAGAGUCCGCGCACUUCGACCCCAGACGGGAAAACAACCCGGAUACUCUGCUGGUGCUGGUGCCGUUUAAACCCAUGGAUUUCCAAUGGCUGGAGAUGAUCCUCAAUGACAAGAAGCGAGUUCGCAAGGGAUUCUGGAAGCAGCCCCCUUUAAUCUGGGAUGCCAAUCCUGAGCAAGUGCGAAUUCUGAACCCUUACUUUAUGGAAAUUACUGCUGCUAAAUUGCUUAAUCUUUCCAUGAAGCAACCGCGGAAGAUUAAACAGAAACCAACGACGGGAUUAUUAGCCAUCACGUUGGCAUUGCACUUCUGUGACCUGGUACAUAUCGCAGGCUUUGGAUACCCCGAUUCUGCCAAUAAGAAACAGACUAUACAUUACUACGAGCAAAUCACACUAAAGUCAAUGGCCGCGUCGGAGCACAAUGUCUCGCACGAGGCAUUAGCAAUAAAAAGGAUGCUUGAAUUAGGUGUCCUCAAGAACCUUACGCACUUCUGAUGGGACAUGGACUAGAAUUUCCCUGCGUUGCCUUGGCCUCCGCCUUGGCUGCCUGUCACCCAGCGCGUCCCAACAUCCACCGGGCCGGAGAUACCACUGCUGCGCCGCAGGGCCCUGAAUGGGCUCCUUGCUUGUGGUGGGGGCUGGCUGCUGGGGACAGCGCUGGUCCUGGAGAAGGUAGACAGAGGGUAGAGGGCUGCGGAGUCCCCCUCGGCCAGGCUGACGUGGCUUUCGGCCGCAUCGUGUCAAGGCUCAGAAGCAGAGCAUUUGAAAUUCAGAAGCAGAGCAUUUGAAAUCCUUACAGUCGUGGGGUGGCAGGAUCCCUUUGCGGCCAAGCCAACGCUGACUUGCCGGCCUUCAGGGUGGUGCAGAGGGUGCCCCCGUGGGAUGGGCCCUCGUGGCUUGCUGGUGCACCCAUCUCUUUGGUCUGCCCGGUCCGCGUAGGGGACUGGGGCUGUUUGCCGCACUGUUGAACUGAACCCUGGACAGCGGAAGAAUAGUCAACUUCUCGCCAGAUCGGUUUGCUUUCUGUCUGAAUGAGGCAGCGGGGCUGGUUUGACACCCCCCCAUUCCUCCCUGCCGGAGGGGCUGGCUCUGGGGGUGCGGCACAUGGGAAUGCUGCUGUAGGUGGAAGCUGUAAUGGUGUCCUUUUUUUAAACAUUUAUGUCGUGGGGGGGAAGGGGUAUCAUGCUGAUGGGGUUUUAGACCGACCCCUCUUCUCUCCCCCCCCUCCCCCCCAGUGCUGCUUCCCAGUGGGAAUGGGGCAGGGAGGCAGAGUGGUGGGAGCGUUAAAUUAUUCUUCACUGACAGAGCACAGCUGCCUUCGUUUCUUCCCCCCCCCCAGCCCCACCCUUUCUGCCCGAGGCCUCCCCCUGCUCCCCUUCUCCACCAGAGCCCAAGCGUGCCCCCCCACCAACCGCAGCUGGAGGAGCCUCAGCCGAACCACCCUGGCCCACCGGCUCGAGCUGAGCCCCCGCCGCCUUCGGGGAGAGGUGAAGCCCCGUCCAUGGGGCAGAGCGUGGGCAGGGCCCUGGCUUGGGUUAGGGGAGGCUUAGCCUCCCCAUGCCUAUGACACCCACCGCCCAUUGGGUACUACACAAGCUGCCGGACUGCACCCUGCUCCCGGCCAACGUGUCUUGGCCCUAAACAUUCAGGGCUCAGACGGGAGGUGAGUCUCUAUAGCCCGCCCUGCAAGCCGUCUCCUCUCUGCUGAGAUUCCCAGCCGUCGGGCUCUGGGCACACCACCUGGGAGCUGGUCCUUUAGAUCCUGAAGCGGGGCAGGGGACAUAUAUGCUGCUAAAGCCCAGAUCUCUCACUGGGGUGGGGGAAAUAGGGGGGAAAGGUUCUUUUUCAAGGUGCUGACCUGAAGGGGGUGGGACAGAGCAGAAAAGUCUCUCCUGAGCAGGCACUGCUGUGGCUCAAUGCUGGUUAAUUUAACGAACUAAUUUAAAUGAUUAUUUAUCUGAGAAGCGUCGGUGUCUGUUGCAGAACGAGUGUAAUGUUGUUUCCAUUGAAUUGCCCUGUGGGGGGCUGAGGAGCAGUGGGAUUGAAACUGUAUCAUCCUUCUGCUUUGCCUGAAGGGGGAGUGACCUUCGGGGAUACUCCCCCCUAACCCAGCCCCCUCUUAUCCGGCAUAGCGGCACAGGCUUGGGGUAGCAGCUUUGUGCCCCGGGUGUCUGUAGGGCUUUGACUUCAUCACUAAGUGUCUGACCCCACUGAAGGACUCCCGUUGACGUAGCGAGUGCUGGAUUAGGGCCCAAAGCUCUUCCUACCACUGCACCCCUUCUCCCUUGUAGCACAGUCAGGCGUGUGUAACAUGGUUGGUACCACUAGGGGGCAUGGCUAGGGAAUGAGCGUGUGUGUGUGUGUGUGUGUUGUGUCCAUCCUUGCUGCCCCCUGCAGGAGGGGUGUGUAUGUGUAUGUGUGUGUGUCCAUCCCUACUGGGUGUGCGUCUGUGUGUCCCUGUCCCUGCUGGAGAGGGGUGUGUGUGUGUGUGUGUGUGUGUGUGUAUAUAUAUAUAUAUAUGUGUGUGUGUGUGUGUGUAUACAUACAUGUCCCAGGGCUGCUUGGUUCUCAGUACUCACAGCAGCUGGCUAUCACCCGCUGAGGGAAGCCAGGAAGCCCAGCCUGUCCAAUGGGCACAGUGCUGGAUGCCCAGUGUAUUGUGUGUCCUGCCCCCGCCUCCUCGGGAACCCCACCUACGGGCUCCUGCUCCGAGAGCCCCAGUCCAAGGGGCCAACGCAGAGGAGGUGGCUGAGCACUGGGUGUACUGGGGACAAGCAGGGGUAGGUUCGGGCUGAUGCAGGGACCAGGGUGAGAAGCAGGCUGGACACUGGGUAUUGCUAGGUGGGGAGAACAGCUCAGCCCUCCCUUGACUGUGGAAUGGCUGCGGAGUGAUUACGGCAGCCCAAUGGCUGUAGCUGCCCUCUGCAGGGCCAGUACCCCUCCAUCACUGUGGGCACUGUGUGGACACGUAUGAGGAUGGGCACAGGGCUUGCGGUCUCAGCAGAGCGUCCCCACUCUCAUUCCUGCACUACAUGCACUGCGGAUACUGGAGAGUGCUGCUGAAUCCCAUGCUCAGGCAGGCAAGGAAGGGGAUCCCCCCAGCUCCCUUUGUCGAGCUCUGAAGGUGGGCGGGAGAUUUCUCAGCUGCCUCUUUGGACUUGUCCCUGGUGUCUCGGUGGCCGGCACCAUGGCUGCUCAGUACCUUGCGGUGACGGCAGUGGUGGAACCCAUGUGCCCCUGCUCUGAAAGUGCAGGCCCCUACCCUGAGUUUCCAAAGCGUUUGGCAUUUGCACAGGUUUUUUAGGUGAAGGGAGGUGUGGAAGGGGAGAGGGAGGUGUGGAAGGAAAUCACGAGAGACGACUUCUGCCCCUGCUCUCUGAGACCCAGGUACCACAGGAGCGAUGGCACAGUGUGGUCCUUCCUGGGUCUGGUGGAGCUGUUCCCGAACUUCAGCAAGACAGGUUAUGCCUACGUGUCCAGACCUGACCCCCUGGGGGCGGAACAUUGAAAUAUUUACUGUACGGUAUGUGUCAACUCUAAACUCCGUCACGCUCACUGGUCUUUGGAAUGCUAGCCAUCUCAGAAUCCCAGUUUCCUCCGAAGAUGACUGAUGUAUUACACCAUGGUUCUAUUGUAAAGACUUUUUUUAAGAGUUUUUUUUAUAAAAGAAUUCUUGCUCCAAAGACUGUACAUAGGUAAAUCUGCGAGAUGUACUGAUUGUCCCUUACCGUCUAGAUUGUAUAUAUUGUAAAUCUAGAUUGCAGUUUAAAAAAAAAAAAAUCUGGUGUGAAGAAUGAAACGUAUGCUUAAAAAAGGCAAAACAAAGGACUUCAUUUGUGGAUAAAACACUAAAAAAGG